CGGCCCGCGCAUGCGCGGCGCCUCCCGCCGGCAAGAUGGCGGCGGCGCCGGGCCCGUUCUGCUUGCGGGAGGUGCUGGCCGCCUUCCAGGCGUGCGUGACGGAGCGGCGCGAGGUGCUGCUGGGCCCCUACCUCCGCGGCUGGCGGGGGCUCGUGCGCUUCCUGAACGGCCUGGGCGCCAUCUUCUCCUUCAUCUCCAAGGACGCGGUGGCCAAAAUCCAGAUCAUGGAGAGCUACUGCGGCGGGGAGCGGCGGGAGGAAUACCGCACGCUGCAGUCCAUGGUGCACUACGAGCUGAGCGGGGGGCUGGUGGAUCUGCAGCGGCGCUCGGCCCACCCCGACUCGGGCUGCAGGACCGUCCUGCGGCUGCACCGAGCCCUGCGCUGGCUGCAGCUCUUCCUCGAGGGGCUGCGCACCGCCCGGCAGGACGCCAGCACCUCGGCCAUCUGCACGGACAGCUACAACGCCUCGCUGGCCGCCUACCACCCCUGGAUCGUCCGCAAGGCCGCCACCGUGGCCUUCUGCGCUCUGCCCUCCCGCGACGCCUUCCUGGAGGUGAUGAACGUGGGCGGCCCCGAGGAGGCCGUGCAGAUGCUGGGCGACGCUCUGCCGCACAUCCGCGAUGUGUACGGCAUCACCCAGGAGCUGUACGCGCAGCACCGCCUGCUCGACCUGCCCUGAGCGCCUGCACCGUGUUCUUUUCCCUUCCCCGGACCCGCAGGGAGCUGGCGGAGCUCAGCCGUGGUCCAAAAAGAAAAUGCACUAAGAAAUACACACCUUACUGUAUCUAUAUCGUCACCUCAGCUCUGCAGGGAGGAAAAGUGUCCACAAGCACGCCCGAGGGAGUGCCUCUCUCUCCCCCAGGCUCCAAUGCGAGGCUUUGGGGUCUUGCUAAGCCAAACUGCAACUUCAGCACUUCUGUGCACUUACACCCCUAAAAAGGUGACAGCACCAAAGGCUGUAGGUAACUCCCUUACAGGCUAUCUCAACACCUUUACCUUAAGCUCACUGGGCCACUUUGUUUACAAGCUGUUCCCUUGGACCUGCUGCUGCUUUCUCCCCCAACUCUGCUUUAGCCCUGAAAAUAGAAUCCUGAGUAACACUGUCUGAAAAGAACCGCUUUUCCUUGUAGCCACUAAGAGACUGCUCCUUCCCAUAGGGAACUGUUCGGCAGGACUUUGCUCGUUGUUUCUUCUGUCCUUUCUGCAUCCUGGGACGCGGACCAGUUCUUCCUGUGCCCUGCACAGCACUACAUACCCAGCUAAGGCAGCUGACUGCACUUUCUCAGUCUUGCUUCUGAAUAGUAUUCUUGUGAUUUGUUAUUUAUUUUUAAUGUCUGUGUCAAAUGCCUACCAGAGUAACAUCUCUUAACUACAAUCACUGCAUAUAACAGCCAGUAUCUCUAUAUAUGAAGUAUGUAAAAUUGAGUUUACUUAGCUUUUUUAGAGCUGAAAAAGCACAACCCUGUUACUUCAGGAAGACGUGAGUGCCUGGGGGUGAAUCCCACAGACCAUCACAUUUUGGUUUCCUCUCAACUAAGAGUCACUUUGGCCUAAAGUAACACUGCAAGAUUCAGGCAAUCACUAUUACCUCAUUGGGAUCAGUCAGCUGGGCACUACAUUAUGUGAUUAACGUGCUGCUGGAGAGUAUCCUUUACAGGAAUGCUUUCCUUUUUUGUGGUGUUGGAAGCAAGAUGAGUUACAGUGUCACCUGUUCAUCUCUGUCCUUCACCAGCAGUCUCCCAUUCACUGACCCAGUGAUCAGGUGUGAAACCAAUGUCAGGAGUAACCCAGGAGGAGUACUAAGAAUUUGCUUGUACAUCCUAAAUGGGGGUAUUGCUGCUAUGCUGUGAAGACACAAAUAUUCUCAAUUCUGCCAAAGCCACUUUAAAAGGAUCACACAGUUCCAUAGAAUAAAUCCAUGUAUUAAAAUGGAGCAGUUCCAUGAUAUAAGCUACAAAAUAUCUCCCGCUGCGCUCGCUCUGUGAUACAGAUAGUGCUGGUAUCUCAGCUGUUUAAGUGUAUUAAAUGCCUUAAAUUAUGUCAAA